AUGCAACAUCUCAAGGAUCAACUAGCUGAACUACGACUCUGUCUUGCAGCAUUGCCAACAGACAUUCCUAUUCCGAAGGAGUCAAAGUAUAAAUUCUCGAACUUCACCUUAGACGCCGAAUGGACUGCAGACAUUGGCGAGGCUGCUGCCGUCAAUCGAGAACUAGAAGUCAGGUUGGGCAGUCGAGUCAAUGGCCUUAAACUCGUUGAACGAGGCCCAGAGAUGGAGGCCAUAGUCCAUGUUUUUGAAACAUGGACGAAGAAAUUUCCGGGUGAUGUUAUCCUGGAGAAAUGGGUGAACGACACUCUCGAAGCUGCGCGAGGCCUCAUUCUUGCAGCUGGAAAAGCUUCCUUGUCUCGGACUCGAGUUCUACGAAAAAAAAAACCAGUCAAAGUCAAUCAUACUCAGAUACCCGAGAAACGAAAGCCCAAGGUUCAGAAGCUCGAUACCCAUAUCUUGUCAACCUUCGAUGACGACCGGUAUAUCAGUGCUGGUGAAGACGAGGACAGUCGAAAAGGUGGUGCCAAGAUGCACCCACUGCUUCGCAAGGCCCUUGCAAUCAAGUUAUACUCCGUCGUCCCAGUGUCGAUGGCCGACGAGAGGACAGUUUCAACAAUUACGUGGCUUAACAGUCCCACUCGGAGCAGACAAGACAUCUCAACAUCAAAAGAACAUAUACAGAUUCGUCAGUGGCACCGCUGGAAAGCUGAUCACCGACGGUCGCUCCUUCUGUCAAAUGGCGAGAUAUGUAUGCAACCAUCCAUGGUAAACCUGAGACAACCGCCUGUCGUCCCGCCGCCUGCUCGACCACCUACCAUGACCACGGACAUCAUUUCGAGCUUGACCGACGAACAUCAAGGCAGAUGUUCAGACUCGGAUGAUGAAGAUGGGGAUUGGCUUGAUAAUGGUGAUAUUGCGGACCAUGUGGGUUUAGCUGGCGUGAAAAGCACUGAGUUCGACGUGGGUAAAGAUAUUAACAUAUCAUCCACGUACCUCCUCGAUAUUUUGUCGGACCACGCUCUACAGCCCACGGCUGCUUGCGGAGGUCUGUCGACACCAAAGGUGAUGGCUGCCACAACUUCAUCCUCGACACCGAUGGAUGACGACGAGUGGGAGGAAUGGUGAUUGGCGGCUUUGUUGUAGAUUACGGUCAAUUAGACCAAAUUUACCUGCAAAUUAGCGCAAAUCAGCGUCAAAGAGCUAUGGGUCAAUUUGAGUGAAUUUGCUGUCAUUUACACCGGUCAAUUAGGUCUUCGCAGAGGGUCGUGCUAAUUAGCCGGUCAACCAGAGCGGGAUCCCUAAUUCCCCGAGCCCUA